AUGCCGAAAAGAGGAGAUUUAGAGGAGGAGGAGAAGAAGAAGAACGGCGCGGCGCACGCAGGCAAGAGGCGCAGGAGCAGUAGAAGCAAAGGCAGAACAAGAGGAGAUAAUGAAUCAAGCAAGACGGGAGCCGAGCUUCGGUCUGAUCCUGUCUGGCCUGGAGUCGCCGAACCUAAGUACCUAGUAUUGACGCUUUUCCAACAGGUCACAACCAGGGGAGGCAAUACAAAAGCGGGACUCGGUUAG